UAAUAAAUAUUGCUUCAAAGUAUUGUUUUAAUUAAUUGAUUAGAUUGUUUCAUUGGUAUUAACUAUAAUAUAGUUGAUUGCAUUGAAUACUGUAGUAUUGGUCGACUGUAAAAAAUAUUUAAAUAAUCAAACAAUGUCUGACACACGAAAACGCCGUUCUAGUUUUUUCCCAAAACCAGUUGAAGAUAAUCCUGAAAAACAAUUGGAACUGUUUAAGGAUAUAUAUUGGGUAAAUGAAGAAAAAGAAAAUAUAUUUUUUAAUUCAAGUUUAUUUGGUGGUCAAGGAAAACAAGCAUUACAAGAAUAUACUGAAAAAUUGAUAAGCCGCAAACAAGAAUAUCCAAAAUUGGUAUCUAGUAAACAAGAAGAACAAAUUCAUUUGAAAGAGAAAUUACGUAAAAGCAAAGUUGAAAUAAAUUGGGAAACUGCUUGUGAUGGAUUAACUGACUUUGAACGAGAUUUUACUUCUAAUAGACCUAAUUAUAAGUGCUUAGUUGAAAAAGUCCAUUUACUCACACUACAUACAGCCUUGGUCAAAAGAUCCAAUUAUGAACUACACGCAAUUUUAAAUGCAUAUAAUAGACGGGCUAAUGAAGAAAUAGAUAAAUUACAAGAAUUAUUUAUUGAUAAAAUUGUAGAAGAUAGUGGUGUUAGUACUUCAUACUACAGUAGUGACACAAAUUCAUCUACCAUGGAUUGUGACACAAAUUCAUCAACCAUGGAUUCAUCAGAAGAUGAAUGUUUAAAUUUAAAUUAAAUUUUAAAGUAUAAUUAUUAAUACAAAUUACAUAAAAAAAAAAAAUUAUUUUGUA